AACUCACAUCUCAGUGAGGAAGAGUCCAAACUCACAUCUCAGUGAGGAAGACUCCAAACUCACAUCUCAGUGAGGAAGACUCCAAACUCACAUCUCAGCUGGACAGAGAGGAAGACUCCAAACUCACAUCUCAGUGAGGAAGACUCCAAACUCACAUCUCAGCUGGACAGAGAGGAAGACUCCAAACUCAGAUCUCAGUGACGAGGACUCCAAACUCACAUCUCAGCUGGACAGAGAGGAAGACUCCAAACUUACAUCUCAGCUGGACAGAGAGGAAGACUCCAAACUUACAUCUUAGAGUGGAAAACUCCAAACUUACAUCUUAGAGUGGAAGACUCCAAACUCACAUCUCAGCUGGACUCAUAACAGAGAGGAAGACUCCAAACUAACAUCUCAGCUGGACAGAGAAGAAGACUCCAAACUCACAUCUCAGCUGGACUCAUUCCAGCAGGUAGAGGGAAACUAAGCUGCUGCUUCCUGACUCCACUCUGAUUGACCAAACACGACGUGUGACUGAUCAAUGACCUGAAUUUCUGCAGCUCUGACCAAACUUGUUUUCUGAACAGUCAAAGUCUGUCGAUCUCUAUAUAUAGGCUGUCGGUAGAUCAGAGAGAAUGUUGGACACUUCUGCAUGAGGACAAGUAGGACCUGCUGGAACAAUGAGUAAAAAAUAUGAAUCAGCAAACGUGUCUGAGGUGGAGGAGCACAUUUCUCAGAAGUAUGAAAUCAAGAAGAGACUUGGCAAGGGGGCCUAUGGCAUCGUAUGGAAGGCAGUGGACAGACAGACCGGAGAGAUCGUGGCGGUGAAAAAGAUCUUUGAUGCCUUCAGAAACAGGACUGACGCCCAGCGGACAUUCAGAGAAAUCAUGUUCCUUCAGGAGUUUGGUGAUCAUCCCAACAUUGUCAAACUUCUAAAUGUCAUCCGAGCGCAAAACGACAAAGACAUUUACCUAAUUUUUGAAUAUAUGGAUUCUGACCUGCAUGCAGUGAUUAAGAAAGGCAGCCUCCUGAAGGACAUCCAUAAACGUUAUGUGAUGUACCAGCUCUUCAAGGGAGUUAAAUACCUGCAUUCAGGAAACGUCAUCCACCGAGACCAAAAGCCGUCCAACGUGCUGCUGGACACUGACUGUGUGGUCAAGCUGUGUGAUUUCGGCCUGGCCAGAUCACUCAACCAGAUCCAGGAGGACAGUGGGAAUCCUGCGCUGACGGAGUACGUGGCGACGCGGUGGUACAGAGCCCCUGAGAUCCUGCUGGGGUCCACAAGGUACACUAAAGGUGUGGACAUGUGGAGCCUCGGCUGUAUCCUGGGAGAGAUGCUGCUGGGGAAAGCCCUGUUCCCUGGGACAUCCACCAUCAACCAGAUAGAGAAGAUCAUGAUUGCCAUACCCCACCCGAGCCCAGAAGAUGUUCUCGCAAUCAAGUCUGAAUAUGGAUCCUCUGUCAUUCAGAGAAUGUUACUGAAACCACAGGUUUCUCUAGAGGAUCUUCUCAAGCCGUCUGUGCCUCCUGAUGCUCUGGACCUGCUGAGGGGUUUGUUAGUUUUCAACCCAGACAAGCGACUGACGGCAGAGCAAGCACUCCAACACCCAUAUGUAGCCAGGUACCAAGGAGCACGCAUUCAGACUGAUUCAUGGACCAGUUACUGUGGUCAGGUUUUCCAGAGUACUGUAGAGAUGUCUUUUAUUCUAAUCUCUUAUUUGUUAUUUAAGAAUUUUGCCUGUUCUGUAACAGGACUAUGUCACUUUUAUUACCAUUACGUGCUUUUAUUAAUCAUUAACUGUUUCCUGUCCCUGAGGUUCCAUAAUCCAACUAAGGAGCCAGCUUUUUACUACGAUGUAGUGCUGCCAGUGGACGAUGGCGUACAAUUAUCUGUGGUUCAGUACCGCAACAAACUUUAUGAGAUGAUGGUGGAGAGGAGAACCAAUCAGGGGAUGUUGAGACUGAUCCAGCCGAAGGACAGAGAGUGUGUCAGUAGCAGGGAGAGGCCCGGUGUGAAUGAUAAAGUGGAGAAGGGGCCGGUGGCAGUGAAUGGAGAUGGCCAUGGCGACAAUGAGGGGAAACCACUGCAUGAAAAGUCUGAUGAAGAAAAACAAGUGCCUUCGGAAGCGGGCGUUGCCAAGCCCGAACCUGUGAAUGUAUCCACCCAGCCGGCUGCGGAGAAGAGUCCAUUAUCAAGCCCAGCCUUAGGGAAACCCACAUAUAAUCCCAUCACACAUGCCCCAAAUGGUUAUGUUAGGAGUCCGGCUGCUCCUCCGCAGUACCAGCACUCCACAGCAGCCAGUAGGAAACCUUUGGGACAGACCAGUAAUGAGAGUGCAACAGCAUCACCAACAGAGGGCGCUAACGCAUCCAUGGACCAGAUUCUCCAGCGUGGUCGCUCAGCCCCUGUGGCUCAUAACCGUUCCUUCUCCUUGACGCUCAACCAAACGCAGAACAACCUGCUUGUGCGUAAGGAUGAGUCACCUUUGACCUCCGGGCUAUCUGUCACAUCAGCACGUUUGAACCAACGCUCCAACCCUCAGGUUCAUGAGGCUCGUCCUCCUGCGCGGUUCAGCAAGAAAGUAUUCCAGAGUCACUGUAACGUGGCAGCUGCCGGUGACCCUCGAGCCAAGCUUGGUAGUUAUUCCCAGGCCUAUGGUACGAUCAAUAAGACUGAGCUGGACAAUCUGCUUCGAAGUCGUCCUUCCAACAAGUGACUGCUGUCGUGCCAGUGGUCAAAUAGAGCCUGAGGGGCACGUGUCUAAACACACAACACAGUCGGUCUUGUAAUAGGAUGAUAGAGGCGUGAGGUAAACUGGAAGAAAUGUUGUAAGCAGAAACUGUUAUUAGGUCAAACACAUCUUGUGUACUGUGAGUGUAAAAAUGAAUGUUCAUUCUCUGUCUGUGACAGUGAAAACAUAUUUGUACAAUCCACUGUGACUUCAGGCUACAUUUAUCAAACUGUACCAGGAGUGAAUUGAAUUAUGUAAAUUUCAUUAGUUUUAUAAAUAAUAAGACCCUGAGGGAAUGAUUUCCAUUGAAUGUCUUAUGAUGAUUUCAUUGAUACAAAUGAGCCAGCACAACUUUAACACACUAUCAGCUGAAAUGUUGCCUGGUCUACCUGACUGUAAAAGAGACCAUGUGUCAAAAUUCACAUUUACAUUAAGUCAGUGAGUUUAAGAUGCACACAGAAUAACUGUAAAAUACACAAAUUGUUGUUUGAAUUGAUUUUUAUACAAUUACAGCAAUUACAUUUAUGUGUGUGUGUGUUUAUAUAUAUAUAUAUAUAUAUUAUUUUUUUUGUAUAUAUAUAUACACAUCUAUAACCUUCUGUUAGAAGUCAAAGUGCUUGCACUCUUAAUUAAAAAAAAGUAUGGAUGUUCUAUACUACUACUAUAACACUGGGACUCCUGCUGCGGCCCUGCCCUGAGUGUUAAUACUGAUGCAACAAUGUGCAACAGCUUUUUACUAAUGAAGUUUGUCAACAUGGAGCCAGUUCAGCUUCUUCAGAAGCAGUUUAGUCAAUCUGAAGUGUUGGGAGGUGAUUCUUUGAGAGGAAGGAAAAAAAUACAACAUUUUGCUAUAAUUAUUUUUCAAAAA